AUGGCGCCAAGGAAGAACGGGCAGGGCUGGCGCCUGCUGUGGCUGCUACGGUUCUCCGCGCUCCUCUCCGCUGUCACCCAGACUCGCGCAGCCACAGAGAUGGCCUCCCAGGGCCAUCUGGACCUCACAGAGCUCAUCGGCGUCCCCCUGCCAUCAUCAGUGUCUUUCGUCACGGGCUACGGUGGCUUCCCGGCCUACAGCUUCGGGCCUGAUGCCAAUGUGGGCCGCCCAGCCAGGACCCUCCUACCCCCGACCUUCUUCAGAGACUUUGCCAUCAGCGUCACGGUGAAGCCCAGCAGUACCCACGGAGGCGUGCUCUUUGCCAUCACCGAUGCCUUCCAGAAGGUCAUCUACCUGGGCCUGCGGCUCUCGGGCGUGGAGGACGGCCAGCAGCGGGUCAUUCUCUACUACACGGAGCCUGGCUCACACGUGUCCCAUGAGGCUGCUGUGUUUGCGGUGCCCGUGAUGACCAACAAGUGGAACCACUUUUCCCUAAUGAUCCAGGGAGAGGAGGUGACCCUCCUGCUGGACUGUGAGGAUCAAGGCCACGUCCUUUUCCAGAGGUCUUCCCGGCCUUUGGCUUUUGAGCCCAGCGCGGGGAUCUUUGUGGGCAGCGCAGGAGCCACGGGGCUGGAAAAAUUCAUUGGCUCCAUCCAGAGGCUGACGUUGUACUCAGACCCCAGGACGCCCGAGGAGCAAUGUGAAGCUGACGAGGCAUCGGCAUCAGGAGAAGCCAGCGGGCUUCAGGAGGCAGACGGGGUUGCAGAAAUUCUAGAAGCCAUCACCUACACGCAGGCACCGCCUCAAGAAGCCAGAGUUGAGCCCAUCGAUGCCCCACUGGUUCCAGCCUCUCCAACAGAGGACACGGAGCUCUCCGGUGAACCCACACCCGAGGGCGCUCCGGACACUGCUAACUUCAGUGUCAUCCCACACGGCAGCCUUGAGCCAGGGUCUGGGGAGAUCCUGAAUGACACGCUAGAGGGGCUCCCUACUGUGGACGGUGACCCUACCACUGACAUAGGCUCAGGAGCCGGGCCCUUCCUUGAUGUCACUGCAGGAGAGGGUUUAGCAACAACUGCUGUAGCAGAUGCUGAGGGGCCUGGGAGAACCUUUGGAGAAGCCGAGGCCACGGAGGGGCCGACCCCAGCCGUGUCCAGCCAAAACCCCAAGGAAGGGGCCACUCCAGGCCCACAGAGCGCGGAAAGCACAACCGCAGCCUUAGCUGCGACACAAGUGUCCCUGGGUAUUCUCGAGGAAGAGGAGGCCAGCGGGUACCCUACAGAUGUCCUGGCACCCCUCAUACUCACUACAACCCCAGGGCCGGCGGUUACCUCUCACAUCACUAACCACCCACUUUGUUCUCUUCAGGAUGAAGCUGAGGAGAGCUUUCCUUGGUCCCCCACAUCUUCUGCACCUGCUGGACCCUCGGUGGGUGCAGAGUCUGAGGGCUCCAGCCUAGGCUGGGGCUUGGAUGUUGGCUCUGGGGACCCGGUGGCCAGUGAAGAGCUGUUGAGGGGUCCGCCAGGCCCACCAGGCCCACCGGGCUUACCUGGGAUUCCAGGAAAACCAGGGACUGAUGUUCUCACAGGCCCCCCUGGGUCUCCAGGAGAAGAUGGAGCUGCUGGUGAACCUGGACCCCCGGGCCCUGAGGGGCAACCUGGACUUGAUGGAGCCUCUGGCCUUCCUGGGAUGAAAGGGGAGAAGGGAGCAAGAGGACCUAUUGGUUCAGCUGGUGAAAAGGGUGACCCUGGCAACAGAGGCUUACCUGGGCCCCCAGGAAAAAAUGGACAAAUUGGCACCCCUGGGGUGAUGGGACCCCCAGGACCUCCUGGACCACCUGGGCCCCCAGGCCCUGGCUGUACCAUGGGAACUGGAUCUGAGGAUAUUGAAGGCUCUGGAAGCAUCAGUCUACUAAAUGAACCCAGACUCUCUGGACCCACACUUCCCAGUGGUCCCAAGGGAGAGAAAGGAGACCAGGGACCCAAGGGUGACAGAGGUGUGGAUGGAGCCAGCACUGUGGGGCCCCCAGGGCCGAGGGGACCACCUGGGCGCAUCGAAGUCCUGUCUAGCGCCUUGAUCAACAUGACCCAUGGGGCCUUGAACUUCUCAGAUAUUCCUGAGCUCGUGGGACCUCCGGGGCCAGACGGGUUGCCUGGGCUGCCAGGAUUUCCGGGCCCUCGAGGACCAAAGGGUGACACUGGUGUGCCUGGAUUUCCAGGACUCAAAGGAGAACAGGGUGAAAAGGGAGAGCCAGGCGCUAUCCUGACGGGGGACAUACCUCUGGAAAGACUGCGAGGCAAAAAGGGGGAGCCUGGCAUGCACGGAGCCCCAGGACCCAUGGGUCCCAAAGGACCCCCAGGACACAAAGGAGAGUUUGGCCUCCCCGGACGACCUGGUCGCCCAGGACUGAAUGGCCUCAAGGGUGCCAAAGGAGACCGAGGGGUCAUGAUGCCGGGUCCACCUGGCUUACCUGGCCCUCCCGGCCCCCCAGGACCACCUGGAGCUGUGGUGAACAUCAAAGGAGCUGUUUUCCCUAUACCUACCCGGCCGCACUGCAAGACACCAGUUGGUACCCCUCAUUCUGGAGACCCAGAACUCAUCACCUUUCAUGGAGUUAAAGGAGAGAAAGGAUCGUGGGGUCUACCUGGCUCAAAGGGAGAAAAAGGCGACCAAGGUGCCCAGGGACCACCAGGUCCGCCAGUGGAUCCCACCUACCUGAGACAUAUUCUCAACAGCUUAAAGGGGGAGAAUGGAGAUAGGGGAGUCAAAGGAGACAAAGGCGACUCAAAUGACAACUUCUUUGUGUCUGGGCCUCCAGGUCUGCCGGGCAGUCCAGGCCUCACUGGCCAGAAAGGGGAAACUGUGAUCGGCCCCCAGGGCCCCCCUGGCGUUCCUGGCCUGCCUGGGCCACCUGGAUUUGGAAGACCUGGUGCUCCUGGACCCCCAGGACCCCCAGGACCACCGGGACCUCCGGCAAUCCUAGGAGCAGCUGUGGCCUUGCCAGGCCCACCUGGCCCUCCAGGGCAACCAGGACUUCCGGGAAUCAGAAACUUGAUCACAGCGUUCAGCAGCAUGCACGAGAUGCUACAGCAAGCACAUUUGGUCAUAGAGGGAACGUUUGUCUACCUGAGGGACAGCUCUGAGUUCUUCAUUCGCGUCAGAGAUGGUUGGAAAAAGCUACAGCUUGGGGAGCUGAUCCCCAUCCCUGCUGACAGCCCGCCGCCCCCUGCACUCGCCAGCAAUCCACAUCAGCUGCAGCCUCAACCUCCACUGAACCCUGUUCUAAGUGCCAAUUAUGAGAGGCCUGCUCUGCACCUGGUGGCCCUCAACACUCCAUUUUCAGGGGACAUUCGAGCUGACUUUCAGUGCUUCCAGCAGGCCAGGGCUGCGGGAUUAUUGUCAACCUACCGAGCAUUCUUAUCCACUCAUCUACAAGACCUCUCCAGCAUUGUGAGGAAAGCAGAGCGAUACAGCCUUCCCAUAGUGAACCUCAAGGGCCAAGUACUUUUUAAUAAUUGGGAUUCUAUCUUUGCUGGCCAUGGAGGUCAGUUCAACACACAUGUUCCGAUUUACUCCUUUGACGGUCGAGACAUCAUGACAGAUCCUUCUUGGCCCCAGAAGGUCGUAUGGCAUGGUUCCAGCACCCAUGGUGUCCGUCUCGUGGAUAAGUACUGUGAAGCGUGGCGAACCGCGGACAUGGCCGUCACAGGGUUUGCCUCCCAGCUGAGCACAGGGAAGAUCCUGGACCAGAAGGCCUAUAGCUGUGCCAACAGGCUAAUUGUUCUGUGUAUUGAGAACAGUUUCAUGACAGACGCUAGGAAGUAGCGAUACUUCCGAUGAUUCUUCAGAAAGUUUUUCCAAUAUUUCUUAUGUGAAGAGGAGUUGACACUGAAAUCUAAAAAUGUUUAAAUGUUGUAAAUAUUAUACAUUUUUUAUUACACAUGCAUCACAGCAACAACCAAAGAAAACAUACCUCAGUACACUCAAAACUGAAGACAUGAAGGACUCAGAUCAAUAACAAAAUCUGAUCCACAUUAUCGGUGCUAGAUUCUCCAGGAAAUCCAUGCAGUGUGAACACAACCCACCACAAUCAAGGGCAAGCUCAAAACAAAAGCUUUGGCAUUUGCCCACUGUAUUUUUGAGAAAGUGAUUUCCUUCUUUAAACCAUUUUGUUGAGUGUAAGAUGUCCUUCAUGUUUUCUUACUAAGUCAAUGUUUAGAAAUGUUACUCCAAUGUAAAUUAUGUGUACACCGAACGCUUCUUUCUUUCACAUACAUCUGUCAUUUACAUUGCUGUUCAUACAAAGAAACAGAAGUGCUCAAAUGAUCCUAUUCGUGUCCUUUGAUAUUACCAGAUUUUAUUGUUUCUUUCCCUAAAAUAUUACUGCCAUCGUUGCUUUGGGAGUUUUCUAUUUUUACACAAGCAUAUUUUACUAUGACAUCUGUUCCUGUGACUGACUUACUGGAAAAGUUAAAACUCCAAAUUAUCUGAAAUGAGAAGAGAAAUGGGACAUAAUUACCACCUUGGCCUUAGCUGCUCUCCUCCCAACCCCCACCCUCCAAUUCCAUGACUUCCAUUUGGCAAUUCUUGAAUUAUAACUGCCACUCACACAGACUGGCUCAUAUGGAUGAAUUUUUCUGAGAACAAUCUUCAUGCUGUAUAGUUUGAUUUUUUCCAUGUAAGUUAACAUAAAAAAAAAAAAUCUUUU